AUGGAGCUGCGCUCGGAGCUGCCCAGCGUGCCCUCGGCGGCCGGGCCCCCGGUGGCGCCGGGCUCCGUGGCAUCCGUGGCGUCCGUGGCGGCGGCGGCUGCAGCGGCCGCAUCGCUGCCGGUGAGCGUGGCAGGCGGCCUGCUACGGGCGCCACCCCUGCUGCUGCGGGCGGCCGAGAAGUACCCGCGCACGCCCAAGUGCGCGCGGUGCCGCAACCACGGAGUGGUGUCGGCGCUCAAGGGCCACAAGCGCUACUGCCGUUGGAAGGACUGCCUGUGCGCCAAGUGCACCCUUAUCGCCGAGCGCCAGCGGGUCAUGGCCGCGCAGGUGGCUCUCCGCCGGCAGCAGGCGCAGGAAGAGAACGAGGCCCGCGAGCUGCAGCUACUCUACGGCACGGCCGAGGGGCUCGCCUUGGCUGCGGCCAACGGCAUCAUCCCACCGAGGCCCGCCUACGAGGUCUUCGGCACCGUGUGCCCCGACAGCGCGAGCGGGGCUGGCCCGGGCCCGGGGCCCGGCUCGGGCGCCGGGGGCGCUGGAGCGGGAGCCGGAGCAGGAGGCACAGAGGCCAAGCUACAGAAGUUUGACCUGUUUCCCAAAGGUCUGCUGCAGCCGGGAGGGGCGGGUUCCCCUCAGCCGCCCGGGGGAAAGCCAGUGUCCCCGGACGGGGCAGACUCUGCGCCCGGCACUUCAUCUCCCGAGGCCCGGCCCGGCUCAGGUUCGGAGAACGGCGACGGUGACUCGUUCCUGGGCUCGCCACAGUCCAAGACCCUGAAGGAAGGGGGUAGCGGAGGGGGCAGUGGCUGUGGCAGCGGCGGCGGCGGCCCCGGCGAGGACGACAGCCCCGGCUCCAUCAGCCCUCUGGGUUCCGACUCGGGCUCCGAGGUGGACAAGGACGAGGCCGCGGCAUCGCCGCCGCCGUCGGUGUCGGGCCCCGGGCCCCGGCAGCGGACGCCGCUGGACAUCCUGACCCGGGUCUUUCCCAGCCACAAGCGCAGCGUGCUCGAGCUGGUGCUGCAGGGCUGCGGCGGGGACGUGGUGCAGGCCAUCGAGCAGAUCCUGAACCACCACCGCGGCGCCGCCGUGGCCGGGGCCGCAGCCGUGGCAGCCGGCGGGCCGGACAAGGGUCCAGACGAGGGUUGGACGGGACGCGCCGACGGCGGCGGGGGCGCCCUGGGCUCUGCGCUGCAGCCUGGCCCGGCCGCCGCCCACCAUCCCCACCACAGACCCUUGCUGGCCGGGGCCAUGACCCCAGCCAUCGGGACUCUGGGCAGCCGUUCGGCCUUCUCUCCGCUGCAGCCCAACGCCAGCCACUUCGGCGCGGAGGCGGGCGCCUAUCCGCUGGGCACACCCCUGGGCUUGAGCCCGCUGCGCCUGGCCUACUCAGCGGCCGCGCACAGCCGCGGGCUGGCCUUCAUGGCGCCCUACUCUACAGCCGGCCUCAUGCCCACGCUGGGCUUCCGGCCGCCCAUGGACUACGCCUUCAGCGACCUCAUGCGGGACCGCUCGGCCUCCGUGCACAAGGAACCAGUCUACAGCAACGGGGGCGGCCUCUACGGGCCCCUAGUUAACAACAACCCGGACAAGCAAUAG